AGCACAUCCCAGAUAUAAGACAGAAGAAAACACUAAAUCUCUCAGUGCUAUUUAGAUGCAGUUUAUUUGCAAUCUUUUAAAGUAGUUGUAUUUAAUAUCUUUAUUAACGGCGCUUUAGAUUUUUAUUUAACACAAAAUCUGAGAAAAUGAGAGGAAAUCGUCCUGAAGAGUUCCCAGAAGACUUCUGGAUCCCCAUCCCCCUGGACACUAACAAUAUCACAGCCUUUAGUCCAUACCUGGUCCCUCAGGACCAUUUAGGAAGUCCACUGAUCUUUUAUUCGAUGUCGGCAUUUAUGUUUGUUUUGUGGGUGGCUGGUACAGCGAUCAAUGUCCUCACUAUUGGAUGUACUGUUAAAUACAAGAAGCUCCGCUCUCAUCUGAACUACAUCCUGGUGAACUUGGCUGUGGCAAACCUGCUUGUCUCCACUGUGGGCUCCUUCACCUGCUUCGUCUGUUUUGCCUUUAGAUACAUGUACCUUGGUCCAGUUGGAUGCAAGAUCGAAGGAUUUACAGCGACUGUUGGUGGCAUGGUUAGCCUGUGGUCUCUUGCUGUGAUAGCAUUUGAGAGAUGGCUGGUUGUGUGCAAACCACUUGGGAACUUUGCCUUCAGAUCAAGCCAUGCUGUAGCAUGCUGUGGACUGACUUGGGUCUGCGCUAUGAGCGCUGCAGUUCCUCCUCUGGUUGGAUGGAGCAGGUAUAUCCCAGAAGGCAUGCAAUGUUCCUGUGGCCCAGAUUGGUACACAGCAGGCAACAAGUUUAACAAUGAAACCUAUGUGAUAUACCUCUUCUGCUUCUGCUUUGCUGUCCCUUUCUGUACCAUCAUCUUCUGCUACUCACAGCUUCUGCUCAUGCUGAAAUCGGCAGUGAAGGCCCAAGCUGAGUCUGCCUCCACCCAGAAGGCGGAAAAGGAAGUGACCAAGAUGGUGGUCAUCAUGGUGUUCGGGUUUCUGGUGUGCUGGAUGCCAUAUGCCUCCUUUGCUCUUUGGAUAGUCAAUAACCGUGGGCAGCCAUUUGACCUGAGACUGGCCACUAUACCCUCCUGUUUCUCAAAGGCCUCCACGGUCUACAACCCUGUCAUUUACAUCCUCCUCAAUAAGCAGUUCCGUUCGUGUUUAAGGAAGAUGCUCGGGAUGAGUGGAGGUGAUGAGGACGAGUCAACAACAAGUCAGUCAGCCACUGAAGUCUCUAAAGUCGGACCUGCGUAGGUUGUUCAUGCCUAAUUUGCAUGGAUCACAUACUGGACCAAGCACCGUAUUGACACAAAUAUGACAAAUUUAUUUUUGCUAUUCUUACAGAUAGUUUUAUGCAGAAAAAUGUAAAAAAUAAAAUGCAAUAAAUAAAUAAUUUCAUUGAUUAAGCAACUAUUUGUGUCUUUAAAAAGGCUAUUCACUGCACAUAACCAUGGCUAUGAGACAAAAGAAUAACUUUUUUUGGUGUUAUUAUUUUGUAUUUAAAUAUCUUUUUCUUUUCACAAAAAGAUUCAGGUCAUCAAAACCCAUAUCAGGCUUCAAAAAUGCUCGGAGAAUGAUCGAAAUUUCUGUAACUAUGUUUGAUAAGUUGUACCACAGUUAUUAUAGCAAGACUCAAAUAUAUCCUUGUUUAUAUUUUUAAUGUAUAUAGCCCAUGUUGUAGUGUAAGAAAGAGUCAAUAAACAGUUGUUGCUGCUUAUAUUCACUUUAGAAACUGUUACUGCUCCUGGAUCAGCUCAUCAGAGAGCUGGGCUCAUGAAAUCAGUGGG